GCGCGUGCGUGCCGGCGACGACGGACAUGCGCGGAGCUGCAACGAACAUGGCGGCCGCCUGCAUCUGACAGAAAGUGAGGGCUCCACCAUCAAAAUAAGCGCUUUCGACGCUCGUUAAGAGCCUGUUUGACUUCCUCUGCUGCUGCGGGAUAACAUCUUGGUCGUCAUGGGCCGAACGCCACACAAAGAUCAGAAAGAGGAGAAGAAGGAGAGGCCGAGCAUCGGCGCGGGCUCUGCGCUCGAUAAAUCUAAUGAGCCAUUCAGUUGGGAAGACUACCUAAGAGAGACCUCCUCCAUUGCAGCCUCACCUAACUGCUUCAAACAGUCCAGGAUCCCCCCCUCCAAUGACUUUAAGGCCGGUAUGAAGCUCGAGGCUCGUGACCCGCGCAAUUCCAACUCGGUGUGCAUCGCCACGGUGAUGGGCAUGAUGGGUACUCGAUUACGCCUGCGUCUGGAUGGCAGCGACAACACCAACGACUUCUGGAGACUGGUGGACUCAUCUGACAUCCAACCCAUAGGCACCUGUGAGAGGAAGGGGGACAUGUUGCAGCCCCCGCUGGGAUUUCGAAUGAACGCCUCCUCGUGGCCUAUGUUUCUCCUCCGAACGCUGAGUGGAGCAGAGAUGGCCCCAGCCUCUGCUUUUAAGAAGGAACCUGUUAGCCCCAUUAAAAACUACUUCACGCCUGGUAUGAAGCUGGAAGCCGUGGACAGGAAGAACCCUUACCUAAUUUGUCCGGCCACCGUGGGUGAGGUCAAAGGUCAAGAGAUCUUCGUCAUGUUUGACGGUUGGCGAGGUGCCUUUGACUACUGGUGCCCCUUCGACUCCAGAGACAUCUUCCCUGUCGGCUGGUGUGUGCUGACCAAACACAGUUUACAGCCGCCUGGAAACUUUUUCACCCUUCCAGGUGCUCUUCUCGCCCCCAUUUUGUCUUCCUCAACCUCCCUCACAACACGCCGCUCCACUUCCAACUCCUCGUCCAUGAUGCAGACUUCAUAUCGACUGCCCAACCCUUUGCCGCCCCUGCCCGUUCGCAAGGGUGUCCGAGGUCGCCGUCCCAAGUCGCAGACUAUUGCUUUGUUGAAAGCAGCGGCUGAGGCGGCAGCAGCUGCGGCGGUCAAUGGGGCGUCACAGAACCCUGUCAGGUCCACUCAGUUGGCCCCCAGACCACACAGGAAGAGAGGGCCCAAGCCUGGGAGCAAGAGGAAGCCUCGGAUGGUACAGUCACUGGGCUCGUCAUCAAUUCCAGUGUCUCCUCCAGAAACCCGAUUGAGCACUAGCCAUGUUUCAGUAGACAACCACCAUAACAACAACUCAAAUGUAGUCUGCACGGUGUGCGUUUAUGUGAACAAACAUGGCGACUACGGCCCCCAUCUUGACCGUAAACUGGUGCAGCAGCUCCCAGACCACUUUGGGCCAGCUCCAGUCAACGCAGUGCUACAGCAGGCCGUCCAGGCCUGUGUGGACUGUACGUACCAGCCCUCCGUGCUGCUGUCGUUUCUACAGAGCCAGUCCCACACAGGAGGAGAGGUCAUUCGAGUGCGCUCCGAGCAUGGUAUCCGCUAUGUCAAGCUUCCCUCCGUCUCCAGUGCGUCUACUGUGCUAAGGUUCUUGGAGAACAUGUGUCAGCAUCUGGAGAGUGUCAGCCUGUUCAGCUCACAGCCUUUCAGCCCCUUCAGUAAAAACACACGCUUCUUUGACAGGACAAAGUCAGAACCACUGCCUCACACGGAAAACAACGCAUCGAACAACGAUUCUGCAAAAGAUUCCGUUCCCAACGCACGAGCCCCUCAGAUAGCGGCAGACUAUCGGACGACAAAGAGGGAACGGCCGUAUUACGCCAAUCACUCACACACGCCUCCACCUCUACGAAGAGUCAGCUCCAACCCAAGUGAACUCGGACAAGUGCCCACACAUAGACGCGUGGAAGCAGCUAGUUCAACAACAGGCCCAGACCACGCCACACAAGACAAGGAAAGUUCAGGGAACGAUGCAUCUUCUUGGUCAGUUGAUGACGUGAUCCGAUUUGUCCAGGAGGCUGACCCACAUACUCUUGGUCCACAUGUGGAGCUUUUUAGAAAGCAUGAGAUUGACGGCAAGGCCUUGAUGCUGCUGCGCAGUGACGUCAUUAUGAAGUACAUGGGACUGAAACUGGGCCCUGCGCUCAAACUCUGUCAUCACAUUGAGAAGCUGAAACAGACCAAACAGUAAAAGGACCGUUGUGGUCUUCCUCACUAGCAAACACAAACUCAAGUAUGUGUUGUUGUACAGGGACGCAGCACUGACGGAAACUACCAUAUCGCCCGGUUUUGUGCUGUUUUAAGUUUUGUACGUACUCUAUGUACAUUUGGGAAGUUUUAGCAAGCCUGCAGGCUAUUGUCCAUCAUCAGCUUACACAAUCUGGAUUUGCUUUCUCAGACUUUCAAAAUGUUUAGGACAAAAACAAAAGGGCCAGGGCUGUCCAAACUAUAGCUGGUGCCAUCUGCCGUCCAUUUUAUGAGGCCUGCAGCAGGUACUAAACACAAUAAAAAGGGUGGAGGGGCAACAAGAAAAAUGGGUGGUUGAGACAAAUCACUACCAUCACUACAGGAUUUAAAAAAUGCUAGUCGGUAAGACCAGUUCAACCUGAGUACAAUGUAGCAAGAAGUUAGAAAAUUGGAUGAAGCAUUUUAGAGAAAUUGAUCUGUUUAGGGAAAUUGGCCUUCUUAGGGACCACUAUGCAUCACUUACCCUAAAAAGCUUGACUGAAAUUGCGCAAAUUCAACAAUUUUCACGUGAAAAGCAGUGUCGACAGUAGAAUGAGUCUUGAACUAAUCGGCGUUUUUUUUGUCCUGCAAUGAUCAGAGGAAAAGGUUUGGACAGCCCUGCACCGUUUUAAAAUUUGGGACUUUGUAUUUGGGACCGACAAAAAGAGAUUUAGUUAGAAUAAGUGAAUCUUCUGAAAAUUAACUUCUCGAUCCAUGACUGGUUUCAGAGGAGGACCUUCGCUCAUGACCUCAGCAUUGUUUGUUCUCAUAUGAUCUAUUUUUUUAUUUUACCAAGCAUUUACAUUAUAGCAGUACAGCGGUAAAUUUUUUUUUCCGAUCUUUAGCCUACGUGUAAUUAGUAUCCAAUAUCCGUGCAGAGUUUUUGUAUUCGUCUUUUUUUGCCUUAGUAUGUACAACAGGCCAUUAUUUAAGCACACGACCUCAGACAAACACUGUAGCUUUUGCGUUUUCGAUUUUUUUUUUUACACUGACAGCAAACACACCGCCGUGAUGUCUGCUUACCAAUGCAAUAACAUUGUCGACUGAUCGCUCCUUAGAAUUUAAUAAGUCAUAAAACAAAGGUACUGGAGUACUGACCAACAUUGCAAAAUAUUGAACCCAACAUUUUUUGUCGAAGCUCUUGCCCUCAUCCUGUAUUUGCCGGGAAAAAAAAGCGUUGUCUCUGUUCCAUGAGCUCAACGGGUUUAUCUUGGCUUUGACCUUCAUUGUAUUAUCUUUUAACAGUUGCACACACUUAGACGUGAUGACUGGAACCUUGCAAGUGUUGACGUUAAAAUAACGGCAAGGUGUUCUACUGCUAUUGCUGUACAAAACGUGUUCCCAAGACAGAAGGAGCUUUGUUCAGUUUCUUACUCAUUUUAUUGUGUAAUAAAGUGUAUCAAGCCUUUGAAUAUUCUCAUUCAACCAAGUUAUUGGAUUCUCGGGACAUUGAAUUGAUUGCAACUGGACUGUUGUGUUCGUGUCGAGAUGUUCAUUCUCUCAUCCGAGCAGGCUUCAUCCAUUCAUGCACGUAGGCUGGAAGAGUACUUAUUGUACAGCUCUUGUUGAAAAUGGCAGAUUUUGAAAUUGGUUCACACAAUUUACAUACAUUAUUACAUAAUUUACAUACAUAAUUUAAUUAAUACUUCAUCUUUGGCAUAUUUGUAAUGUUUGGAGUAAUUCUAGUGUUUUUUUUUUUUUGGCUGACACCCAAACGAUGGUCGUUGGUAGGCAGAGUCCUCACUGGGUGUAUCUCGCCUUUUCACUCCUUUGAUUUUACAUAUUUGGUUUUUCACUAACACUCAGACGAGAGCUGUCUUUUUGUUGUCUUAUUUUUUUUUUUUUAGAAACUGACAAAGCCCGCUCGGAAGAGAGGCGAAAUAUUCAACGGCACCAGAACAGUCCAGUUGCGAUCGAUCCACCGCUCCGAGAAAAGUCCAUCGAGCGUAAGCAGAAAACGAGAGUAUUACUCCUAGUGUAAGACUAGUUAUUAUUUUGCUGUUGGCGGUUUUGUUUUUUUGAAGCGUCAGAAAGCCUUUCAAGCCAAAUCAAUGUUUGCUGUAGCCCUGUUUGCGCUCCAUAGUGGUCACCGGUUCAUACUUGAAACCAUCUGGCUUUCACAUGAAACUCAGGUUCUAGUAAGUUCUUAGAGAAUGUUUUACAGUAGCAUUUGUGUUCAUAUGACAUCAUAGAGGAGCUACAGUAUAACCAACUUCAGUAUGUGUAUUUGAAAUGCCUUGCCAUUGAAUGCCCUGCAGCAUCUUGUGUGUGUAUAUAGAAACUUUUUACCCUCCGCUCAAAAAAUGUUUAUGUAUGUUUGAUAUGCAUUCACACAAUUAAACAUUUUCACUUGACA